AUGUCGUCUUCAUUCGCGGACUCGUUCGACCAGUACGGCGGCGAUUCGCCGGCGGUCGGCGAGACUCACUUAUUCGGCGACGGGUAUCUCGACCCCGACUCGGUUUCCAACUUCGAUUCGGCUCCGGCCUACUCUCCGCCGCCGAUCUACGCGUCCGGAGGAGAAUUCGGCUCGGAUCCCGCAUAUUUCUCGUCGGAGACAAAUGACAAUGGCCCAAUCCUGCCUCCUCCGACAGAAAUGCAACCCGAUGAGGGUUAUGCGCUCAGGGAAUGGAGAAGACAAAACGCGAUUCGAUUGGAGGAGAAGGAGAAAAGGGAGAAGGAAUUAUUGAGUAAAAUUAUUACUGAUGCGGAGGAGUACAAAGUGGAGUUCCACCGAAAGAGGCAACUCACUUGUGAAACCAACAAAGCUACAAACCGGGAAAAUGAGAAAGUAUUUGUUGCUGGCCAAGAGAAAUUCCAUGCUGAAGUCGACAAUGAUUACUGGAAAUCGAUAGCUGACCUAAUUCCAAGAGAAGUUGCAACAAUUGAGAAAAGAAAGAGCAAGAAAGAUCACGAGAAGAAACCCUCAAUAGCCGUGGUCCAAGGGCCUAAACCUGGAAAACCGACUGACUUAGCCAGAAUGCGCCAGAUUCUUGUUAAGCUCAAACAAAACACCCCACCCCACCUGAAAUCCUCUCCACCGUCAGCAACUGAUGCUAAUAAUGCUGUCCCAAAUGCGGCAGCUACUCCACCUGUGGCUGUUGCGUGA